CUUGCUGACUCUUUAUUCCUUCACAAUCAUUCACUUUCUCUAUUUACAAGUUACAACUAAGCAACCAGAACCAUCCUUCCAUUGCUAUAUAUAGAGGUUAAACAUCACUCAACUUCAUCAUCCAGUCCAUAACGAAAACCACAUUGUUCAAGAAUUCCUAAAACAGCUUGCAAGCCUCUGCAUUCAAUUCUUGAAACAUGUCUCUUAUUCCGAGCUUCUUUGGCCAGAGAACCAAUUUGUUCGAUCCAUUGUCAUUAGAAGCCUGGGAUCCUUUCGAUAGUUUUUUCACCUCCGCACUAGCCAAUGUGCCUGCAUCAGCCCGGGAAACCUCUGCAUUUGCCAAUGUUAGGAUUGACUGGAAGGAGACUCCAGAAGCUCACGUCUUCAAAGCUGAUCUUCCCGGACUAAAGAAGGAAGAAGUGAAAGUGGAGGUUGAAGAAGGUCGGAUUCUGCAGAUCAGUGGUGAGAGGAGCAAGGAGAAGGAGGAGAAGAAUGACAAAUGGCAUCGGAUUGAGAGGAACAAAGGCACAUUCCUGAGGAGGUUCAGGUUGCCAGAGAACGCAAAGGUUGAUCAGGUGAAAGCGAGUAUGGAGAAUGGAGUGCUUACCGUGACUGUUCCUAAGGAGGAGGUGAAGAAACCUGAAGUUAAGGCCAUUGAGAUAUCUGGGUAAAGCUGAUAAUGGGAUUCCCAGAGUAGUACUGCCGUGGCAUGAGUCUGAAUUUGAAUAAAACAAAACUUUAUGAGAGUUAUGUUGUGUGUUUGAUGUGUGUGAAAAUGGAAGUCUUGUAUUCUGCUUUCCCUUCAAUGAAGCUUAAAAGACUUUGAAUA